AUGACCAGAACCUCUGUCCUAGCUGAUGCUUUGAACGCUAUCAACAAUGCCGAGAAGACCGGUAAACGUCAAGUCUUGAUUAGACCAUCCUCCAAGGUUAUCAUCAAGUUCUUGCAAGUUAUGCAAAGACACGGUUACAUUGGUGAAUUUGAAUACAUCGAUGACCACAGAUCCGGUAAGAUUGUCAUUCAAUUGAACGGUAGAUUGAACAAGUGUGGUGUUAUUUCUCCAAGAUUCAACGUUAAGAUCGCUGACAUUGAGAAGUGGACUGAAAACUUGUUGCCAGCCAGACAAUUCGGUUACGUCAUCUUGACUACUUCUGCUGGUAUUAUGGACCACGAAGAAGCUAGAAGAAAGCACGUUUCUGGUAAGAUCUUGGGUUUCGUUUACUAA